CUCAUUGGCAAUGUGGCCGGUGGCUUCCGAUCAUCUCCCUCGGAGGUCGAUUAUCCGCUCCCGUUCUUAUUGCGCUUCUUCGCACCCGCAACAACUCCUGCAUCGCGCAUUUAGGUUCUUGCUAACAAGCCAAAAAACCGGGGAUCAAUUCACCCUAGUCCGAUAUCCCGCUAGAGGAUCCCCUUGCCGCAUCGGACCCUUUGCACUUGCCUUGAUUCAGCGGAACGCAAGAUCAACAUGCCGGAAACAGUCAUUUCUAAAUAUCCUUUCAUUCUUGCGACCGUUGCAACGCGCAAAGAAGGCACUACGCGAGAGCAAUUUCGACACCACAAUGAAACCGUCUACGCUCCUCUGCUGAAGAAAAUCGCGGGAAAAGCGCACCCGCUCACAUGGACGCGACGUUACCACGUGGACGAGGGUGAAGGCCCGGUCGGUAUUCCUAGACUCCUGAUCGGUACGGACGACGGUAUGGACUGGGAUUGCUUCGGCGAGAUGACAUUCGCGGACGAGCUUCACUUCCAGCAAUUCAUCACAUUAAUGCACAGCGACAUUGCUGAGCCGGCAUUUGAAGAGGAGGGCAAAUUUGCUAUCCCAGAAAAGACGAAAUUGAUUGUCAUGAGGAGAGACGUUUCGAUUGGAGAGCGAGCGCAGGUGCAAAAACUCGACUAAGCAAUGAGUGUGUAUGAGAAGUUGCUGGCGUUUCAUAGCGAAUCUUGUUGGGUCGCAACAGACGAACUCAGUUAUGGUUACAUCAUGAGGAUGUUUUGUGUUAAUUUAGUUAUGUGAAAGUUGAUGUGCUUGGUUAUGGAAAACGAGUCUGCAAAGAAACUGUGGGCCGAGCAAGUAACGUGUAAAUAUUUGGCUGAACAAAAGUUCAGAUCUCCAUAAACGAUAUGUGCGCGUCAUGACUGCAACACCAUCAUUUUGAGGG